GUCUUCACCAUCGAAUACUUCAAAAGUUUCAAUGGCUGAAGCAUAGCCAUCAUAUGAUGGUUUGCUUCCGAUGUCAAUCCCUAAUUGCUGACUCCCUCUCCCUCCUACCAAACAGGAGAAGCAGCCUACGCCGCGCCCUGCGUUCUCCCCUCCCGAUCCUCCUCCCACAGCCCACGUUCGCCUCGGUCUGUCCUGAGUGAGUUUUGUCCGCUGCGAGCCGCCGUCCUGUCAGCGCGGGUUAGAUGAAUGGGCGGUCGCUGGGUGACAGCGAUGUUGUACCCGGGGCAGUAGUAGCCGCCGCCGCAGUAGUGCGGGACACGGGGCACCUGGAGCCGGCGGCCGUUGUGUGUGUAUAGGCAGCCAUGGAGCGGUGUCCCGAUGCUUCCGAGGAUGACUGGCUGGAAAUGAUGAUGGAGAAAAGUUUCACUGAGCCGGAUGAGAAGCCUAAGGAGAGACCUCCCAAGAAAAUAAUCCCCAGGACUAAACUGUGCAGAGGUCUAUACAAUAGAUACUGCGUUCUGGAUGUGAGAGAGGUACAUUGUCCCAAAGAGGAGAAACAUCUCACUAUUACAGCUUCACAGGAGGGGGACGAUACAGAGCUCUGUGUUCUCAAAGAUGAUUGGGUUGGUCUUCAUGUCAAGCCUGGAGAUAUCAUACACUUGGAGGGUAAUUGUGCACUGCAGAAUACGUGGACUAUAGACCAGGAUUCUGGAUAUCUUAUUUUGUACCCUGAUCACCUCAUAUCUGGUACCAGUAUAGCAAAUAGUAUUCGAUGCAUGCGGAGGUCGGUUCUAAGUGAGAAAUUCAAGGUUUGCGAUAAAGGAACGCGGCAAAUGCUGAUUGGUACAAUGUUACAUGACAUUUUCCAAAAAGCAACAACGUGCGGGUUUGGUAGUGAUGUUUUGCAAAACCUAGCCCUCCAGACUGUACACGGACCAAAGUAUCUGAAAGAAAUGUACCAGUUAAAUUUAAAUCAAACAGAUGUUUUGCAAGAAGUUGAGGAAUAUCUUCCAUCGUUUGAAAAAUGGGCAAGUGACUUUAUGACACCUGCUAACCAACGUCAAGUGAUGCUUAACCUGUCAACUGCUACAAAUAUAAGAGGUGCUGCUCAAGUGACUGAGUUUUUGGAUAUUGAGGAAAAUAUUUGGUCACCAAGAUUUGGUUUAAAGGGUAAAAUCGAUGUAACCGCUAAAGUGAAAAUACACCAGAAAUCGAAAGGUCUUUUAAAAACCAUGCCUCUGGAACUUAAAACUGGCAAAGAAUCCAACUCCAUAGAACACAGAAGUCAGGUUAUUUUGUACACUUUGUUAAGUCAGGAAAGGAGAGAAGAUCCUGAGGCUGGUUUACUUUUAUACUUGAAGACUGGAAAUAUGUACACGGUGCCCGCAAACCAUCUAGACAGAAGAGAAUUAUUGAAAUUAAGGAACGAGUUAUCAUUUUAUUUGACAAAUGUAUUGUAUAAACCUGAUAACGGAAGUAAAGAAAUUAAACUGUCUUCACUACCAGCAAUAAUUGCAGACAAGCAAGCUUGCAAGUAUUGUUCACAGCUACGGAACUGCGCCCUCUACAGCAGGUCUGUUGAACAACAAAGCGGGAGUCCUUACAUUCCUAAUGAAAUGUUCCCGGUUAUUGAGAGAGAGACUGAGCAUCUGAAAGCCUCCCAUCUACAGUACUUCAGUCUCUGGUACCUCAUGUGCUCAUUAGAAGCGCAUUCAAAGGAAUCCAAAAUGGGACGUAAAAAUAUCUGGAUGCUGUCAGCGGAUGAAAGGGAAGAGGAUGGACAGUGUGUUGGAAACCUUGUUAGGACAGGGACUGUGCAGACAGUGUCCGAUGGUCAGUACCUUCAUUGCUUUCAGCGCCAAUCUGGUAACAUGCCCGCUACCAAUCUGACAACAGGGGACAGAGUUGUUGUAAGCGGAGAAGAUAAGAAGUUUCUUGCUCUUUGUACUGGCUAUAUCAGAGAAGUGAACGAGAAUUGCAUAACCUGUAGUUUGGACAGAAAUCUAGGAAAGAUUCCUGAAGGUACCAUAUUUAGACUUGAUCAUGAAGAAGGAGGUGGUGGCCUUGACUCCCACCUAGGAAACUUGUCAAAACUGAUGGAGAAUUCUCCUGCAAGUGAGAAGCUUAGAGACCUGAUCAUUGACUUUGGAAGACCUCACUUUGUGGAACAUUUAAGCUCUGUUUUGCCUCAUGAUGCAAAGGACACAGUGGCUAACAUACUGAAAGGCCUCAACAAGCCCCAGAAGCAAGCCAUGAAACGUGUCCUCCUAUCUAAGGACUAUACGCUCAUCGUCGGCAUGCCAGGAACAGGGAAAACUACUACCAUCUGCACCCUAGUAAGAAUUCUCUAUGCCUGUGGUUUCAGUGUGUUGCUAACCAGUUAUACACACUCGGCAGUAGAUAAUAUUUUGCUGAAGCUGAAAAAAUUCCAGGUAGGAUUCUUGCGCUUGGGACGAACACAGAAGAUUCACCCGGACAUUCAGAAAUUCGGAGAAGAAGAAAUAUGCAAAACCAGAUUAAUCAAGUCGCUAAAUGGUUUAGAAGAACUCUACAACAGUCAGCCAGUGGUUGCGACCACUUGUAUGGGAGUCAACCAUCCAAUCUUCACCCGAAGGAGGUUUGACUUCUGCAUUGUGGAUGAAGCCUCUCAGAUUAGCCAGCCGAUCUGCCUUGGCCCUUUGUUCUUCGCAGACAGAUUUGUGUUAGUGGGGGACCAUCAACAACUUCCCCCGCUGGUUCAGAGCCCAGAAGCCAGAGAGUUGGGAAUGAGUGAAAGCUUGUUCAAAAGGCUGGAGAUGAACCAGGAUGCUGUUGUUCAGCUGACUGUGCAGUUUCGGAUGAAUAGCAAGAUAAUGGCUCUGAGCAAUAAGCUGGUAUACGAAGGGCGUCUGGAGUGUGCCUCUGAGCGGGUGUCCACAGCCAUUAUCCAACUACCUAAUCUCAAAGCUUUGACGCUGGAGUUGGAAUUCAGGGAGACCGCUGAAAGUGCAUGGGUCAGGGAUGUUUUGGAGCCAAGUAACCCUGUCUGCUUUCUGAAUACAGAGGAGAUCCCUGCUCUUGAAACAGAAGAGAAAUGUGGUGUCAGUAACUGGAUUGAAGCUAAAUUGGUGUUCCAAUUAACCUCUCUCUUUCUAAAGGCUGGAUCCAAACCCUCUGACAUUGGGAUCAUCGCUCCUUACCGCCAACAAUUAAAAGUGAUCUCUGGAUAUUUCACAAAGUUAGCAUCCAGCAAUGUAGAGGUUAACACCGUAGAUAAAUACCAAGGAAGAGAUAAGAGUAUUAUCAUUUUGUCAUUUGUUAGAAGCAAUAUUGAUGGAAAGGAGCUCAUGAACAUUUCCCUAUCUGAGCACAGGAGAUGGAAGUUGUUCUCUGUUUCACUUUCCAUUCCUGAGGGACUUAUUGUGCUUAAUGUGAAAGCAGCCACUGCUGCAGAUGAGGAUCCUGGAUCCGGAUGUGCUUGUACACAAUUGCACCGACUAAACACUGUACAUGCCUCAUAUUAUGUACUGUUUGCUUACGUUCAGUUACAUGAGCAUCUUUUACACACACCUACUUCAAGUGAUGAUGACAUGGUCUAAUAUUGAUAAACUGUAGCAGGUUAUUCCACUGGCCAUUGCUCCCCCCUUCCCCCCAACUUCAUGCACUGGUGGAAUAAUCUGGAUUCCAGUUCACUACACAGCUCCUGAUAAUGCUGCUUACAUAUUCGUUUAUGACUGAUUUAUGUUAAAAUGUGAUGUAUCCCAGAAGGCAUUGUUAUUUAUUACUGUUUAUGCAUAAUCUUAUCUAAGAUGUUAAUAAGAAUUAAGCUUUGAUAUAGAUGUAAAUAUUUUGUACUAUUUAUAAGAUCUCUUAAGUAAUUACAUUUUUGAUCAGAAUAAAAUAUGUAACGUUUUUGCAA